UUCGCAGUUGUGUUUGGCCUGGUAUUUAAAACUAAUUGUGCUAUCAACACAUCCACUUUAAGCCAAUUUAUCUAUUUACGACUCACUAUGUUGUAAUUCUGAAACGCCGGUAGUAUGGACCACAUGAAGAAUACUUCCAGUGUUUUGGUGUUUUUCGUAAACGGUAAAAAGGUGGUCGACCACCAAAUCGAUCCUGAAUGGACCCUUCUUUUUUAUUUAAGAAAUAAACUCAGACUAUGUGGAACCAAGUCGGGAUGUGGGGAAGGAGGAUGCGGUGCUUGCACUGUCAUGGUUUCCAAAUAUGACCGAACAAACAAGAAAAUCAUUCAUCUACCAGUAAACGCCUGCUUGGCCCCAAUAUGCUCUAUGCACGGCUUAGCUGUAACAACUGUCGAAGGAAUCGGUUCAACCAGAACCAAGCUGCAUCCGGUUCAAGAAAGAAUAGCUAAGUCACACGGUACCCAAUGCGGUUUCUGUACCCCAGGAAUCGUAAUGUCGAUGUAUACUCUCCUGAGAAACUCUUCCAAACCCACGAUGAAAGACCUAGAAGUAGCAUUCCAAGGAAAUCUGUGUCGCUGUACCGGCUACAGACCCAUCAUGGAAGGGUACAAAACAUUCACCGAAGAAUGGGAAUUGAUUCAAAAUGGUAACAGAUUAAACGGUGAACAAGGAAACGGUUGUGCGAUGGGAGAUAAAUGCUGCAAGCUUCAAAACGGUACCACGAAAGAUCCUGAAGAAGUUUUAUUCAAUCGAAACGAGUUCACACCGUAUGAUUCUUCCCAAGAACCUAUUUUUCCGCCGGAGCUAAAGAUUUCCGAUCAGUAUGAUAAACAAUAUUUGGUUAUUAAAGGCAAAACGGUUACGUGGUUUAGACCAGUCAACUUGGAACAACUACUACAACUCAAGAAACAAUUUCCUGACGCGAAACUGGUUGUAGGAAAUACUGAAGUUGGUGUUGAAGUUAAAUUUAAACAGAUGGUGUAUCCUGUUAUUAUCCAACCAGUGUUGAUACCUGAAAUGGUGGCUAUUACUAACUCUGAAAAGGGUGUUAGAAUAGGCGCUUCUGCCACUUUCACGGAUAUUGAAACUUAUUUGAAAAACGAAAUUAAUCGACUGCCUGAAGAGAAAACACGGAUUUUUAAAAGCAUUGUCGAUAUGUUGAUUUGGUUUUCUGGUAAACAGAUCAGAAGUGUGGGGGCUCUUGGUAGUAAUAUAAUGACGGGAAGUCCAAUUUCGGACAUGCUUCCGAUUCUAAUGGCGAAUGAAGUAACACUAGAGUUGCAAAGUCGGGAUAACGGAAAACGCGAAGUUCUUUUAGACGGAAACUUCAUUAGUGGUUACAGAACAACAAUAGUAAAACCAGAGGAGAUACUUUCCGCCAUUUAUAUUCCUUACACUAACAGCGACCGCUACUGUUACGCUUACAAACAAGCAAAAAGACGUGAAGACGACAUCGCUAUUGUAAACGCUGCCGUUAACGUCACUUUCGAACCAAAAACUGACAUUAUAUCUGAUAUAAACGUCGCUUUCGGAGGAAUGUCCUACAAGACCGUUACAUCACCUAAAGCUAGAUCACAGCUGAAGGGUCUAUCCUGGAAUCGAUACACUUUAGAAUUAGCUUUCACCCACUUACAACAAGAUUUGCCGCUGGACCCUGGUGCUCCCGGUGGAAUGUACCUAUACCGAAAAUCCCUAACUUUAAGUUUGUUCUUCAAAGCAUUCCUAGCAAUUUCAGCAGAUCUACAAAAAUAUAUCCCCCACAUUAAAAUCGAUAAGCGGGAGUUGAGCGGCAUCACAAGUUUCGAGCCCAAGGAAUACAAAAGUGCACAGUACUUCACCGUCGUUCCAAAAACCCAAGAAAAAAGUGACGCUCUUCAACGCCCUAUAAUCCACAAAUCGGCUUAUAAACACGCAACCGGAGAAGCAAUAUUCUGUGACGACAUCCCCUUCUUCGAAAACGAGCUCUAUUUAGCAUUCGUUACAAGCACCAAAUCGCAUGCCAAAAUUUUGUCAGUUGAUACCACCGAAGCUCUAGCCAUGCAAGGAGUUCACUAUUUCGUCUCCGCUAAAGACCUCGACCCAGGAAAAAACUGCAUGGGUUACGUGGAACGUGACGAAAAAAUUUUCUACACUGAUAUAGUAACGAGUCAAGGACAAAUUAUCGGAGGAAUAGUCGCAAGUGACGAAAUUACAGCAAGAAAAGCGGCCCGAAAAGUUAGAAUAGAAUAUGAAGACCUUUAUCCCGUUAUUGUUACUAUAGCGGAUGCCAUCAAACACAAUUCGUUCUUCAAAAACCCCGACAAAGUAAUAGUUAAAGGCGAUGUUGAAAAAGCGUUUCACGAAACACCUCACGUUUUGGAAGGCGAGUGUCACAUUAGUGGCCAAGAGCACUUUUACCUUGAAACCCAAUCCGUGGUUGUGGUGCCCAAGAAAGAGGACCAAGAAAUGGAAAUCUACUCGGCCACUCAAUGUCCGAGCCAACUAGCUGAAGCGGUAGCCCAACUUUUGGGUAUCCAACAGAACAAAAUCGUCGUAAAAACAAAGCGCGUAGGUGGUGGUUUCGGUGGGAAAGAAACCAAGUGCUUCCUACUAGCCCUUCCUGCAGCAGUCGCUGCCGUCAAACUAAACCGUCCGAUUCGUUGUGUCUUGGAAAGAGAUGAAGAUAUCGUGAUGACUGGAGGUCGGCACCCCUUCCUCAUAAAAUACAAAGUGGCUUUUAACAAUGACGGCAAAAUUUUGGGAGCCCACACCAAAUUUUACAACAACUGUGGCUACUCCAUAGAUGUGUCAUCUUUAGUACUGGAACACGCUAUGACCCACUUCCAAAAUUCGUACAACAUCCCGGUCAUACGACUUGAAGGUUAUACGUGCAAAACCAACCUUCCGUCAAACACAGCGUUCAGAGCAACCGGUUGUCCACAAGCAAUGUUCUCAGCUGAAAACAUGCUUCAAGACAUUUCUGAUUACCUCAACAAAGACCCAGUAACCCUAAGCGAGUUAAAUUUAUACCGAGAAGGAGACACAACCUUCUACAACCAGAAGCACACCAACUGUACUUUACAAAAGUGCUGGAAUGAGUGUCUACACUCUUCUAGAUACUUAGAAAAGCGCAAAGAAGUAGAUACUUUUAAUCGGGAAAAUCGUUACAAGAAACGCGGUUUGAGUGUCAUUCCGACAACAUAUGGAGUCGGGUUUCCACUACCCCACCUCCAUCAAGCUGGAGCUUUGGUACUAGUGUACACCGAUGGGUCAGUCCUUUUAAAUCACGGUGGUGUGGAAAUGGGACAAGGUGUACAGACCAAAAUGCUACAAGUUGCUAGUAGGUGUCUAGAAAUCCCCAUUGAGAAGAUUCACACAGUUGACGUUUCAACUGAUAAAGUACCGAAUAGUACUGCAACUGCUGCCAGUGUAAGUUCGGAUUUGAAUGGGAUGGCGGUUUUGCAAGCUUGUAACACCAUCAAAGAACGAUUAAAACCGUACAAAGAGGCAAAUCCGGAAGGUACUUGGGAGGAAUGGGUUAAGAAGGCUUAUUUCGACCGUGUAAGCUUAAGUUCAACUGGGUAUUAUAAGGACUGGGAUGACUUUGGAUACAACUGGGACACAGGAGAGGGACGAAUGUACAAUUAUUACACUUAUGGUGUGGCGUGCUGUGAAGUUGAAAUAGACACGUUAACAGGAGACCAUCAAGUUCACAGCGUCGACAUUGUAAUGGAUUUAGGUGAAAGUUUGAACCCUGCAAUUGACGUUGGUCAAAUCGAAGGGGCCUUCAUGCAAGGGUACGGCUUAUUCGUACUAGAAGAAUUAAUUUAUUCGCCAGAUGGAACUAACUAUAGUAGAGGCCCCGGUACCUAUAAGAUUCCAGGUUUUGGAAACAUUCCAGGAGAAUUUAAUGUGUCUUUACUGAAAGGAUCAUCCAACUCUAGAGCUGUGUAUUCAUCAAAGGCAAUCGGGGAACCUCCUCUAUUCUUAGGAAGCUCUGUUGCUUUUGCCAUUAGAGAUGCAAUCAAAGCAGCAAGAAAAGAAAAUGGUCAUAGUCCAGGUUUUAAGCUAGAUUCUCCAGCUACUCCAGCUAGAAUUCGUCUGGCAUGUCAAGACAACAUAACCUCUAAGUUCCAGGAAGCCGAACCCGGCACUUUCACCCCUUGGAAUGUACUUGUUUAAAAAAAAACGCAAACGUAACAAA